AUGCCUCGUCCAAACAAAAGGAAACGUCUUGCAAAUGAAUUACCUAGAAAACGUGGCUGCUUUGCACCUCGAAAAAUUGUUAUAUAUGAAGAAACUGUUGAUAUACAUGGUGAAAUGAUGGAAAUAGAUCAAGAAACUGUUGAUAUACAUGGUGAAAUGAUGGAAAUAGAUCAAGACACUACAAUGCCAGAUGAGACUAGUUAUUUGAAUACCAUAAUGCAAGAUAAUGUUGAUGAGGAAAAACAAGCUGGACCUGUAUUUAAUAGAAUUUAA